AUACCGAACGACAUGUUCAACACCGACCCCGAUAGUGUCGAGUGGAAAAGGCUGGCUGCUAAGGUUGCUCAGCUGGCUGAGAAGGAGAUCCAAACCAGCACUAAGCACAAGCUCUAUCCAGGAUGCAUUGUCCGCAUUCGAGCUGUCACGAGAUUCGACAAAGUGAUCUCUAACUCUAACGACACCCCUUUCAGUGAGCGACGCUGGCGGGUGGUUGGUUUUCCCACUGGCCGUGGACUCAUCACUCAUGCUGAUGACUAUGGUUAUUUUCGUAAGGUGAAGCUGGUCAGCGAUGGUGAGAUAAAGGUUCUACAUGCUUCGAGACUCUGCAUUUGUACUUCCGCUGAGACAGAUGUCGCUGACCUUAGACGUGCGAUGCGCAGGAUUGGCCGACAAAAUCCACUACGAGAUCACGGGCUGUCCAGACGAAGGGUGAGAGAGAGGCGGACAGACCGCAACCGUAGCAAGUUUUUGUCGACGGCACGAGGUGUCGAACCCGCGAAGGUUACGGCUGAAUGGGUUCAGGGCUAG